AUGGGUGCGGUUCAGCUCCUGUACGACUACUCCGGCCUGGCCGGCCUGGCCCUCGUCGCGUUGCUCACCAUCUACACCCUCUGGAGCGGCGUGUACAACUACUACUUCCACCCGCUGGCCAGGUACCCGGGCCCCUUCCUCGCCAAGAUCUCGCCCGUCUACAGCAUCUACGGCCUCUUCCGCGGCCGGUGGCCCUUUGACGUGCACCAGCUGCACCUCCGGUACGGCCCCAUCGUGCGCACCAUGCCGUCGGAGCUCGCCUUCACGGACCCGACGGCGUGGAAGGACAUUUACGGCCACAGACAGGGCCAUCCGCAGUUUCACAAGGACCCCAUCCACGUCGGCUCCGUCCAGGACCUUCCCGGCGCCACGACCCUGACCAUGGCCGACGACGCCAACCACGCCCGCCAGCGCCGCACGCUGUCCCACGCCUUUAGCCAGAAGGCGCUGCUCGAGCAGGAGAGCAUCAUCCGCGGCUACGUCGACCUCUUCGUGCAGAAGCUGACGCCGUUGGCAAGGUCGGGCGCCGCCGUCAACAUGUGCGACUGGUUCAACUUUACGACGUUUGAUAUCAUCGGCGACAUGGCCUUUGGCGAACCGUUCGGCUGCCUCAAGGACGGCGUGUUUCACUCCUGGGUCUCCCUCAUCACCGACACGAUCAAGGCGGGCGCCUACGAGCAGGCGACGCGGCGCAUGUUCCGCACGGGCAGUUUCUGGCAGCGGACGCUCGUCAAGCUCAUCCCGAGCGACCUGCGCGAGAAGCGCGUCAGGCACUUGCAACUGAGCCAGGAAAAGUGCCUCCAACGCAUCGACGAGGGCCUCCGCCGCGAGCACCGCGACUUCCUCUACUACAUCCUGCGGCAGAACGAAAAGGGCGCCGUCUCGCAGAACGAGAUUAUCCUCAACUCGGCCCUCUUCAUCGUCGCCGGCUCCGAGACGACGGCGUCUCUCCUCUCGGGCCUGCUCAUGCACCUGCUGCGCACGCCCGCCGCCCACGCCCGCCUGACGCGCGAGGUCCGCGACGCCUUCCCCGGCCCCGGCGGCGCCGCCGACAUGCAGUUCCUCGCCCUCCAGGACCUGCCCUACAUGAACGCCUGCAUCGACGAGGCCCUGCGCAUCUUUCCGCCCGUGCCGACGGGCCUGACGCGCACCGUGCCCCGCGGCGGCGACACGGUCGCCGGCGAGUUCCUGCCCGGCGGCACCACCGUCUCCGUCUACAGCUGGGCCGCCACCCACUCGCCCCGCAACUGGGCGCGGCCCGACGACUUUCUGCCCGAGCGGUGGCUCGACGGCGACGGCGACGGCGACGGGCACAGCGGGGCCGCCGACGGGCCGUCCCCCUUUGCGCGCGACGCCCGGGACGCGAGCCAGGCCUUCUCGCUCGGCCCGCGCGGCUGCAUCGGCAAGCACCUGAGCUACCUCGAGCUGCGCCUCAUCCUGGCCAACCUGCUGUGGCACUUUGACGUCGAGCGCGUGCCGACGGCCCCCGGCGAGGUCGACCUCUGGGAUGUCGGGGGCGACUUGCGCCACGUCAAGGCGUUCAACACGUGGAACAAGCCGCCGCUCAUGUGCAGGCUCAGACCUGUCGCGCGGUAG